AAAAAAGGAAAAAAAAAAGAAAGAGAAAUUGAUGCUACAAUAUGUUUAUAUUAAACUCGACUGCAAAAUGAAAGUAAUAACACCGUGAUACUUGUGAAGUAUGACUCACACUACUAUGUCAGUUUUUUACAGUUCUAGAACUAUGUUUUUAUAAAUACUUGUCCGUAUUUGUAUUCAUUGAACAAAUCUAUUAAUCAUGAACGUGCAGGAAUUGCGUGACGGGUCUCCUUUGCUACAAGCUAUAUUUUUUGGAGAUGUGGAUGAAGUUCGAGCACUAUUGUCAAAAAAGGAAGAUCCAAACUGGCAAGAUAGGGAACAAAGAUCUCUUCUGCAUGCAGCUGCAUAUAGGGGAGAUCCAGCAAUUGUAGAAGCACUUCUGUUAAAUGGAGCUGUAGUAAAUGCUAAAGAUAAGAAAUGGUUAACUCCUUUGUACAGAGCCUGUUGCUCAGGGAAUCACAAUGUGGUAGAAGUUUUGUUACGCCAUAAAGCAGAUGUUAAUAUUAGGGAUCGUAGUUGGCAAACUCCUUUACAUGUAGCAGCAGCAAAUAAUGCAAUUCAAUGUGUUGAAUUAAUAGUUCCACAUUUAAUGAACAUUAAUGUAGCAGACAGAGGUGGUAGGACAAGUCUGCAUCACGCAGCUUACAAUGGACAUUUAGAAAUGACAGAGUAUUUGGCUCAAAUUGGUUGUGUAAUAAAUGCUUCUGAUAGGCAAGAUCGUAGAGCUUUACAUUUUGCAGCAUACAUGGGUCAUGAUGGAAUUGUGAGAACACUCAUAGCGAAAGGAGCAGAUGUGGAUGUUAAAGAUCGAGAUUUAUAUACUCCAUUACAUGCAGCUGCAGCAUCUGGCAAUGUAGAAUGUAUGCAUACAUUAAUUAAAUCUGGUGCAGAUAUCGAAGCAAAAAAUGUAUAUGGUAACACUCCUCUGCAUAUUGCGUGUUUAAAUGGUCAUGCUGAUGCAGUUACAGAAUUAAUUACAAAUACUGCAAACGUUGAGGCCGUAAAUUAUCGGGGACAAACGCCGUUACACGUUGCUGCUGCUAGCACUCAUGGUGUUCAUUGUUUAGAAGUACUUUUAAAAGCUGGCUUGAGAGUAAACGUUCAGUCGGAAGAUGGACGUACACCUCUACAUAUGACUGCAAUCCAUGGUAGAUUUACUCGAUCAAAAAGUUUACUUGAUGUUGGAGCAUUGCCAGAUACUAAAGAUAAAAAUGGAAAUACUGCUUUACAUGUUGCUGCUUGGUUUGGACAUGAAUGUUUAACAACAACUUUAUUGGAAUAUGGUGCAUCUCCAGCGGCGCGAAAUGCUGAACAGCGUACUGCAUUGCACCUUAGUUGCUUGGCAGGCCACAUUGAAGUUUGUAGAAAAUUAUUACAAGUUGAUAGCCGGCGUAUAGAUUCAAGAGAUAUUGGUGGUAGAACACCAUUACAUUUAGCAGCAUUUAAAGGAUCUGUUGACUGUUUAGAUUUGUUGUUAUCCAGUGGAGCUAAUUUUCGAUUAACCGAUAAUGAUAGCAGAUUGGCACUCCAUCAUGCUGCUAGUCAAGGUCAUUACCCUUGUGUUUUUACUUUAGUUGGAUUUGGAAGUGAUUCUAAUGCACAAGACGUAGACGGUGCAACUCCUUUGCAUUUGGCUGCAGCAUCAAAUCCUAUGGAUUCUGGUGCCCAAUGCGUACAAUAUUUAUUAAAGCACAGAGCAGAUCCGCGUUUACGUGAUAAACGAGGUUUUACUGCUAUUCAUUACGCAGUAGCUGGAGGAAAUCAACCAGCUUUAGAAGCUUUAUUAGAAGCUUGUCCACCAGGAAAUUUAACUGUAUCGUCCGGUUCUACAGGAAAAUCGGAACCUCCAUUACCUGCACUAACACCCUUACAUCUAGCUGCAUAUCAUGGACACAUUCAAAUAUUAAGCUUGCUACUACCAUUAUUUCCUAAUACUAAUAUUAAAGAAGAUACUGGUAAAACGCCAUUAGAUCUAGCUGCCUAUAAAGGUCACCACCAAUGCGUUCAGCUUUUAUGUGUAUUUUAUGGAGCUUGUGUAUGGGUCCAGGAUUCAAUUACAAGGCGUACUCCAGUACAUUGUGCAGCAGCAGCAGGACAUAUUAAUUGCUUAGAACUUCUAUUGGAAAAUGCGGGCGAUUCAAAUGUAAUAAAUUGCUGCGACAUUAAGCAACGAACUCCUUUAACAUUAGCAGUGGCAAACAGUAAUCCGGAAUGUGUUAUGUUGCUUUUAAAAUACAAAGCUGAUUGUAAUUUAGCAGAUAUAAAUAAACAUACACCAUUAUUUCGAGCAGUAAUUAAAGAACGUGACCAUCAGCUAGUAGAAUUGUUAUUAGCACAUGGCGCGCAAGUAGCAAUACAAGAUGCAAAUGGUAAAACGCCAUUACAUUUAGCCGCCGCGUGUGGAAGAGUAAAAGCAUUAGCAUCUCUUGUCAAAGCUAAUCCUACUGCUGCUACCUUAAAAGAUGAUCAAGGCUGUACAGUUCUUCAUUGGGCUUGCUACAAUGGAAAUUCAAAUUGCGUGGAAUAUCUUUUGGAACAAAAUGUAAUUGAUUCUUUAGAAGGUACUCCAUUUUCAGCGGUUCAUUGUGCAGUAUAUCAAGGGUCAGCACACUGUUUAGAAUUAUUAAUAAAUAAAUUCGGGGGAAAGACGGUCGCUGCUCCAAGAGAUAUUCCAGGUGGUCGAUUGCCGUUGCACGUCGCAGCUAGUUCAGGGUCUGUAGAAUGCGCAAAACUGAUUUUGAGUUCUGUGGGACCUGAAUUAGCUGGACUCGAAACGCCGGAUUAUUCGGGUCGAACGCCUCUACUUUGUGCUGCUAUUACGGGCCAAUGCAGUGCAAUUGAGUUAUUGCUUGAGUGGAAAGCCGAUGUGCGUGCUGUUGAUUGUAACAAAAACACAGCUCUUCACCUAGCUUGUCAAAGACGACAUUCCGCUGCUGCUUCAUUAUUAUUAAAUUGGAUCAAUUCGCUUAAUACUAACAAUGAAAAUACAUCACAGCAACAGCAAAGCAUUAUUAACAUGACCAAUAAGCAACAAAGAACUCCAUUACAUUUGGCAGCAAGAAACGGUCUUGUAACGUAUUUAAGUAACUGUUUUAAAGUUAUACGAGCAGUCAUUGAAAUUGACUUUCCAAAGGUAACACGACGUUUAUUGCAAUUGGGUGCAAGUGUCGUUGCUGUCGAUGCAGAGGGACUCACACCUGCAUUAGCUUGCGCUCCAAAUCCAGCUGUAGCACGAUGUUUAGCCACUAUUCUUGCUGCACAUGGUCAGAAUUGGGAAGCUGCACAACAUUCGCCGUCAAUUCAACAAACGUCAGAAGUAUAUUUAAAUGGUAGAAGCGGUGAUUCACAACACAGUUCAGAUUCAGAGUUCUACUGACAGCAGGCAUCACGCUUAGAUCAUCAAGCGUUUCAAAAUUUAAACGUCGAUUCAAUGCACGGAAACAUUGAUGCUGCAAGAUUAAUUUGGACAAGCUGUUGGUUAUUUUCAAUUUUGACGUAAUACUUCUACAUGCAAAAGAACAAAUUUGGCCAACUAAGUAUGGGAAAUCAGUGCUUAACAAUCGUUUAUCUGCAAUUGUCAGCCAUUUAACAAGUAAUAAUGACAAUACCUCCAUUUUUACUAUUAACAUUUCGAUAGAAUUGCGAACUGCCAAGAGGAGUAUGAUAAUAUAUAUGUUUAAGCAUUGGAUAAGAGAGCAAUAACAUUAGGCUUAAAAGAAACGUAUAUUAUUCAAGUAUAAUUAUAUUUUGUAUUAAUCCAAGGACGCCUAAGGUGUUAAAUGAUGAAGCUCAACCUAAAGGAGAGUCAUUUUAUGUCUAUAUAAAGAAAGAGCGAUGAAUAUUAUUUCAUUUAUUCAAACUGUUUAUUUACGUAAUAUAAUAAUAUAAAAUAUCUAGAUAUUUGCUAUUAAAAAAACGAAACCAAAACAAGAACCAAGAAAUUAUUUGGAAGGAAUUAUUUUGGAAAAAAUUAAAUAAUUUAGAGUCUUUCAGAAACUUGUCGAUCCUUCCUUAAACGUCCUAGGGUUAAAAAAAAAUAUUACUUUAUUUUUGCUUUAAUGUCAUAACUGCAUGCACAUGUAUGCUCUUGACGUUGUGGUCAAUGCGUAAAUGUGUUUGGUACAAAAAAUAAUUUGUAGACAUAGACAUUCGUAUAGUGAAUCGCUGACAUAAUUGAUACCUCAUUAAAAAAGAAAAAAAGGAAAAAAAGACACGAUAAUGUUUAACAUGAUAAAAAGCUCGAGUCAUGUUAUGUAAUUUGCAUUAUCGGUUUUAUUCUAACGUAAGGAUACUCAUAGACUCGUAAAUUUAAUUCCUAAAAUAAAUUCCUGAGACUUGUCAGCUUACUGCUGUUACUUGCAUAUUUUUAACAAUCGAGCGAUACUUAUAAAGUAAUAAAGCUUUCUAUAUAUUUUGCAAUCUUUCAUCAAUUAGAAAAAGUACAAAUUAUAUAAAUAAAAAAAAAAAGUAGUUUUCUAAAUAUGAUCGUGUUGUCGUCAUUGAAAUUUAUUCAGCAUAGAGUAACAAAGGAAAAAAAAGAUAUAUACUGUAUAUUUUCGUUUAUUUUUAUUGAGUCAACAACGUGAUUUAAUUAGUUUUGUCCAUUGCAAUGAUAGCCAUUUAAUAGCGAACGUAACAAGAUAGCUGUUAUUAUUUGACUUAUUAAAGCGAGUCUUGAGUGGACCAUAUAAAAAACAUUAACCAAUGAACGAUCGAUUUAAUGAUAGUCGAUUAAUUAACUAUACGAACAUUUAUAGUUUAUAAAUUUAUUAUCUAUAGAGAAGUAGACAGAUAUUAUCGAUGAAUUGCUUUUGUCUUAUGGAGGAGGCGUUAGAUUAUAUUGAUAUGAGAUAAAUACUGCACAGAAUCUUUGCAUUUAUUAUUUUUAAUAAGUUUAACUAAGGUCUUCCACUUGUAGUACCUUUAUUUAAAUUGUCAAACGAUACAUAAGUACCAAGUCGAGCAGAUUACGAAAAUUUUGCGAAAUUUUUCGUUUCGAAUUUCAAGAUUAGACACGUUAUAUAUAAGAGUCUAAUAUUUUUUCGCGUAGCCGUGUGUAUAUUUAUAAAGAGAAAUCAGCUCAACUAGUGAUUCAAUUGCGUUCAAUUGCGUUUUAUCAUAUAAAGCGUGAGCGUUUCUAAUUAACCUAAAAGGUACUAGUACGAAAGUAAUGAACAAUACCGUAUUAUAAAUAUCCUGUUGUAAAUACAAAAGCGGACUUAACAUUGCCUGACAAAAUUUUUAAUGUAAUAGAGGUACAGAAGUAACAAAAGAGAAGAGAGGUUUAGCUAUUUUCUUAGAUAUUUGUAGUAAAAGCCUAAACUGCCUAAACAUUGACACACAUGGAAAUAUGAAAGUAGAGCUUGUAAAAAUGACGUGAGUAGUUACGGUGAAGUAUUAUUGUCAACAAUCCGAACGAGUCGAUCGGGUCAUGAUUGAAAUAUCAAUUAAUGAAAGAAUGAUUUCUUUUAUGCGUGUAUCAAUAUGCAGGAUGUUCCAUUAAUAUCGAUGCCAACUAACAGCGGGUUGAAAGAACAAGUUGAAAAUAUAAAACAAGUCGAAUAAAAUCUUCAUAGAACGCUUCGUUUUCGAGAAAGUUGAUAAAUUUAGAGAUUUAUCAAGCCUGCCGGUUGAUUCUUGACCAAAGUUUGAACUUUAUACAUUUUUUGAAAAGGAAUUCUUGAAAAAAAGUUCAGUUCCACAGUUUUUAAUUAUUUUUACGCGUAGAAUGAAUUGAAUUGUACUAGAUGAUUACUGGAACACUGCAAGUUAAAACGCUCUGUUAAUUUUGUACUUAAGAAUCUCAAUAACAUUUGCAUUUAUCGCUGUCAAAAUUGUAACAAAAAUAUAAAUACGGUGGCCAAUAUUGUGUCCACGAAAAGCGAUCAAAGAAUUUUCAAAUCAUAUCGUGCACGAAAUAUGUACCUAUGUAUUUUUAUUGUGUGUAUAUAUAUAUAUAUAUA